GUUGUGUCCAGAGGACGUCGGACGAGCAUCCACCGCGGUCGCCUUAAUCACGUGACCACCUUGUCUGCUGCUGGCUGAGUGAAGCGUGUUAGCAGGUUUUUCUAUUUUGUACAUACAGAGUUUUGUAUAUACUGUAUAUGAUGAGCUCGCUGGGCAGCGACAAGGCCCGGGGCCCUCGUGAAAAAGUGCCGCCUGCUGCCACCCACAUGUCUCAACCACAGAAACAGAUACAGGCCACUGCUGAGCAAAUUCGGCUUGCCCAGAUGAUCUAUGACAAGAAUGAUGCUGACUUUGAAGACAAGGUUAAUCAGCUGAUGGAGGUUACUGGCAAGAAUCAGGAUGAAUGUAUGGUCGCGCUUCAUGACUGCAACGAGGAUGUGAGCAGAGCCAUCAAUUUCCUCCUGGAGAGCACCUCGGAUAUGACCUCAUGGGAGACCGUAGGGAAGAAGAAGCCGCUGGUGAAGGAGGCUCCUUCCGAAAGCAAGGAGAACAAGGAGAACCGGGAGAAGAAAGGCGAGAGGGAGGCGAGCAAGGGCCGUGCGUCAUCCAACCGCAAGGGCAAAGGCUCCAAUCGAAGCCGACAGGGUGCAGUUCGACCAGCGGAAAACGGUGUGGAGGUGACACCGGUGGACAAAGGCUCCGAUCGAGGAAAGAGGGCUAAAGGUGGUCGAGGCUCCGGCGGUCGAGGCAGAGGCCGAGGACCAGCGGCAAGCAGGUUCUCAGCCCAAGGCAUGGGCACCUUCAAUCCUGCAGACUAUACCUCAGAGGCAGGGACAGGGACCACACAGAGUGAGGCUUGGGACACUGCGGCUAACAACAAUACAGAUGAGAUGGCUAACUGGAGGAACCCGGUUGAAGACUAUGGACCCGAAGACUGGAGUGAGGAUGUUAGUCUCUCGGAGACCAAAGUGUUCACGUCCUCGUGUGCUCCUCCGGCUGAGAAUCAUAUCACUUCUGGCCAAAGUCUGGACCUCGCCUCCCUGCUGCAGAAGCCCGUGGUCUGUGGAAGAGAAGCGCCCCCCUGCUCCUCCUCCUCCUCGCAGAGUCUGGUCUUCACCAACUCGCACCACCACCACCACCAGCCAGCACAGCCGCAAUAUCAGCCUCCUCCUAGCCGCAGCACCACUGGUGGCACCAGCUAUGCUCAUGCUGCUCUGUCGUCUGUUCUCGGAGCUGGUUUUGGAGACCUGGGCCAAGCCAAAAGGCCUCCACCCAGUGCGGGAGCUCAGAUACUGGAACAGCUUAAGGGGCCUGGCUUGGGUCCUCUGCUGUCGCAUUCUGCCAACACUCAAGGCAGCUCUUCAAUUGGCCGCCUACCAAGCCUGGGAGCGCCUGUACCUCCACCGUCUUCCUCCAGCUGGGACAUGAAGGCGCCAGAAUCGAACGCCACCACACUGUCCUCGCAGUUCAGCCGUGAGUUUGGACUCCAGCCAGAGCCUUCGCUUGUGCUGAGUCAGCUUAUUCAGAGGCACACUGGCCCCUCCUUGCCACUGGCACGUCAGCCCAGUCCACCAUCUCAACAACAAACGGUCCCUGCGUCCGUCUCCUCUGCUUCCCAGCACAGCAGCACGUCGGCGCAGGCGGGCCCGGCGAUGGCGACUGCUGGUCCCAAACUUCCGGCCCCCAGCGCUGGGCUGGACGCUCAGGGCUGCGGGACACCACAGCAGCAGCGGGCACAAUUGAAAGGUCAAAAACGAAGGAUACCUCCGACUUCAAAGAUCCCCUCCACGGCAGUAGAAAUGCCAGGCUCCACUGAUGUCCCUGGUCUAAACCUUCAGUUUGGGGCACUAGACUUUGGCUCAGAGUCUGCUUUGCCAGAGUUUGGAGUUGUGGACAGCGCUCUCAGUGCAGCAUCCAGGGAAUCCACGCCGGCCCCUGGCCCGGUAGCGCCUGCGUCAGGAUCGGGGACUCAGAAUCAGACAAGCUUGUACUCCAAACCUCUCAGUGAGUCGCUGGGAAGUCCUCUCUCCGUCGACCUUCCUUUGCCCCUGUCGUCAUCUGAGCCAGUGUAUCACUCGUCCUCAGUGGCACUCCCCAGUCUCACGCCCUCUUCACUGGGGCCCGCCAGCUCCUGUACUCCUCCCUCGUCGUCGCUGACCACAUCUACCAUUUCGUCCGCGCCCCACUUCUCCACAGUGGGAGGAAGCUAUGAUGGGUCCUUGCCCCCUCAGGCACGACUGGCCUUCUCCCAGAGCAAAGAAACCACUGGACCAGUUUUGAAUGGUCUGAAUGGAGUAAGGACCUCUGCGGCUUUAGACAUUUCCUCAGCUUCCUCCACACCAAAGCCCGACUCUCCGUCUCUUAACGCCAACGCUAACUGCGCUCCUGCGGCCUCAUCCCACUUGGCCCCCUCCACCUUGCCCGCACAGAGCUCCAGCACGCUGUCCAGCCUGGCACAGGACCUUCCCUCGGCCGGCCAGCUCAACACUCUCAACAGCCAUGUCAACAAUCAUUCCUCAGCUCUUGGCUCCAGUUCUUUGACUUUCACAAGCGUCGACAGCAACAGCGUGAGCUCUCUCGCUCCCUCCUCUGCGUCCUACACGUCGUCGCAACCUCCACCUUCGGCGCUUCACUCAGCCCACAACAGCAGCAACAGUAGCAGCGGCGCCAGCAUGAGCCACCUCGCUAGCAUGUCCAGCAUGGGCAGCAACAUGAGCAGCAGCGGCGUCGGCGGUAUCGCCGGCACGAGCGGACUACACUCUGCUGCCACCAGCACGGCGCUGGGACUCGGCUCCAAUGGAGCUACCGGCACAUCCAACCUCUCUGGACCGAGGACCGCACCCCUGCUCUCCUCCUCCACUGGUAAAGCCCCACCGAACCUAUCCCAAGGGGUUCCUCCUCUGCUGCCUAACCAGUAUAUCAUGGGUCCAGGGGGACUGCUCCCAGCCUACCCACAGAUUUACGGCUAUGAGGAUCUCCAUAUGCUCCAGUCCAGACUACCGAUGCCCUCCCUGCAGGAUUACUAUGGAAUCACAUUCCCUGGCCCCACUGCCACUCUCUCGAGCAGAGACGGGGGCCUCGCCAACAACCCCUACUCAGGUGAAGUCACGAAGUUUGGAAGGAACGACUCCACCUCUCCAGCACCGCCCACGAGCCUGGCGGCUCAGCAGCAGCCCCCGCAGGGUCAGAACCAAGGCCCGAGCCCGAGCCAGCCUCAGCCUGCUCAGGCCCAGCCUCAGCCGCAGGGCCAGCCGCAGCACCACAGCAGUCAGCAGACCUUCCUGCCUCCCGGCUACAGCUACACGGGGCUGCCUUACUACGCCGGUGUGCCCGGCGCCGUACCGAGCGCCGCGGCUUUCCAGUACGGCCCCACCAUGUUUGUUCCUCCGGGGGGCCCGGGACCGGCCUCGGCCAAGCAGCACAGCAUGGGCCUCAGCCUGGGGAACCCGUCUGCCAGCCCGUUCCAGCAACAGACGCAGCAGCAGCCCAGCGGUUACGGCCAGCACACCUUCAGCUCAGGGUACGAGGAGCUGACAGCAGGACCGGCCGGAGUGGACUAUAGUAAAGGCUACAAUUCUUCCUCUCAGGCACAAGCCAAAUCUGCUGCUAGCGGGCCUGGUAAAGGUGUUUCAGUGACAUCCAGUAACUCCGGCGUGCCAGACAUCAGCGGAAGUGUUUACAAUAAGACCCAGUCUUUUGAUAAGCAGGGUUUCCAUGCAGGGACCCCCCCUCCCUUCAGCCUGCCAUCUGCGCUGGGAGGUCCAGGACCGCUGAAUCCUGGAGCAGCCCCUGGAGGUUAUGCACCGGCGCCCUUCCUUCACAUCCUGCCUCACCAGCAACCGCACUCACAGCUGCUGCACCACCAUCUCGCUCAGGAUGGACAGGGCGGUCCGGGUCAGCGUGGACAGUCCAGCAGCCUGCAGCAGAAGAACCAAGUCAAUAAAUCGAGCUAUGGCAGCUCCCCUUACUGGGCCAACUGAAGUCGCUACGCUGUGUGUAUCUGCAUGUGUGUGUGUGUGUGUGUGUGUGUGUGUGUGUGUGUGCGCGAGUGAUAUGACGUAUGCAUUCGUGUGCUUGUUGAGUGUGAGCGUGCAUGCAGCACACUCAUGCGUCUGACUGAUAAAACAAUGGAGGGACAAACCAUUUUACAACACAAGCUAAAACACACUACCACCGGCUCUCCUUUGCUCUGUAUAUCCCCUUUUCAAAUUUAUGUCUGUUGUAUGUAAAAUAUAUUUAUGUAUGUAUUUAUACAGUAUAUAUGUAUUAGUAGAACAUGAAAUGUGGUUUUCUGCAUUUUGUUUUAUUUUGAAGGGCAUUUUAUUUUAAGAAAAAAUGUGGAAUGAGAAUGCUAAAUCAUGAAGUUGGUGAAUAUACUUGAACACAAGCAUCAUGUGAUGUAGAUUCCUUUUUGUAUGCAUACAUGAACUGAGAACAAUGUACAUAGAUUCUAAGCAUCAUUUUCAUGGCAAUGGCCUUUUUUUUUUUUUUAGAAGAAAUGUUUUUGUAUUCUGGUGUCCUGCAUCUGUGAAUCCUUAUUUGAAGUGUGACUUAAGUUGAUAGCUUGAGUUCUUUUUUUCCCCCUGCAGUUUUCCCUCCAUCUGUCCAUCAUUCCUCAAGUUCUACUAGUUGGCUGCUCACCAGCCAGGCCUUGAUGUCAUUCUAACAUUGGUUUAAUCCUUGUCCAGAUUAAAAUGUAAACCAUUUGA